UAUUAUUCUCUCAGUAUAUAUACCUCAUCGCGACGUUCUAAGUUAUAACUUCGUUCUUCCCUGCUCUCGCUUGGGGAAGAAAAUGGAAAUCGAUUGGGCUGCAGACCUCUUCUUUCUGCUUACUCCAAUCCCUUUGGCUUUCAUCUCGGCCAUCUCAAUCUAUCUACUCCUCUUCUUUUUAUCCAACAAGAAUUUUCCUAAGAAAAACUCGUACUACCCGCCAGGGUUGCAGCCCUACCCCAUCAUCGGCCACCUUCCCCAAUUCCUCCGCCACCGCGACCGCUUUCUUGAGUGGUCGACGGAUCUCCUUGCUGCUUCUCCGACCAACACGUUGGUCUUCCACCGCCCCGGCGGUAUCCGCGGUGUCAUCACCGCGAAUCCGGCGAACGUCGAGCACAUGCUGAAAUCUCACUUCGACAACUACCCCAAGGGCGAUGAUUUCCGCGCCAUCCUCCACGAUUUCCUCGGCCGCGGCAUCUUCAACUCCGACGGCGCCCUGUGGCGCCUUCAGCGAAAAACAGCCAGCUUUGAGUUCAACACUCGUUCCCUACGCUUCUUCGUCCACCGUACUGUUGGUCAUGAGAUUUCCACCCGCCUCAUCCCUUUCCUCCACCGUGCAGCCGAAGCUGGCGGAUCCAUCGACCUACAGGACGCUCUCGAGCGCUUCGCCUUCGACAACAUCUGCAAGGUAGCCUUCGACGUGGACCCAGCAUAUCUCGAUCCCUCCCGCUUCCGUACGGGUCUAGCCAGCGGCUUCGCCGCUGCCUUCGGCGACGCCGCCGAGCUCAGCGCGGGGAGAUUCCGCUAUGCGGUACCUGUUCUCUGGAGGGUUAAGAAGGCGUUCGACGUUGGGUCUGAGAGAAGGCUUCGCAAGUCCAUCGCAAUCGUCCACGAGUUCGCGAUGCAGAUCAUACGUUCCAGGAAAAAGGCUGCACGUCUACGCAGCGGUGGCGGGGGAGAUGACCUCCUCUCACGGUUCAUCGUCGACGAGGAAAACAACUCCGACGAGUUCCUCCGCGACAUCAUCAUCAGUUUCAUCCUCGCCGGCCGCGAGACAACCUCCUCGGCGCUGACGUGGUUCUUCUGGCUUCUCUCCUCCCGCCCGGACGUCGAACGCCACAUCCUCGCCGAGGUGGCGGCCGUGCGCAAAGCCGGCUGCGGCCUUGGCCUGGACGAACUGCGGCAGAUGCAUUACCUGCACGCAGCGGUGACGGAGGCGAUGAGGCUUUCCCCGCCAGUUCCGUUCAACUCGGCGGUCUGCUGCGCCGACGAGGUUUUGCCCGAUGGGACCGAGAUCAAGAAAGGGUCGUUCCUUUCGUACAACGCGUACGCGAUGGGCAGGAUGGAGGGGACGGGGAUAUGGGGGAAGGAUGGUAAGAAUUCAAUGCCGGAGAGGUGGCUGGUCGACGGCGAGUUCAGGCGGAUGAGCGCGUUUAAGUCCGGCGUUUCACGGGGGGCCGAGAUGUGUUUGGGAAAGGAAAUGGCGUACAUCAGACUGAAGUCGAUCGCAGGCCUGCUGAUCGAGGUCAAACUGGAAGUUCUUCUCGAUAAGGAACUGCCGGAGCACUUCCCUCGUUUAAGCUGA